AUGUCAUUCGGCACACGUGUAUGACCAGUUGAAAGGAGACGUCAGCGGUGUCGGUGAAUGUGUUUAUGAAGAAAAUCCUUUAUUUUUCCAUCGUAUAGUUUUUAGAUUUUAUCGCAACAGAAUGGAGUACAUUUACCGAUUACCGUUCUUAGUCCUGGAAGUGCCUAAUUUAAAAUUAAAAAGACCGUCCUGGUUUGUGAAACCUAGUGCUAUGAUAGUCUUCUCCUUCAUUCUUCUAUCGUACUUCUUGGUAACAGGAGGAAUCAUAUACGAUGUAAUUGUUGAACCACCCAGUGUAGGAUCUACAACAGAUGAACAUGGUCAUACAAGACCUGUAGCAUUUAUGCCAUAUCGUGUAAAUGGACAAUAUAUCAUGGAAGGCUUAGCUUCUAGUUUCCUAUUUACAAUGGGAGGCUUGGGUUUUAUCAUAUUGGAUCAGACUCAUGGUCCAUCAACACCAAAACUUAACAGAGUUCUUCUGAUAUGUGUUGGAUUUCUCAGCAUACUUGUGUCAUUUGUUGCAUGCUGGAUAUUUAUGAAAAUGAAGCUUCCGGGGUAUCUGCAAUCCUAAAUAAAAGUUAUAUUAUGUGAAUUCCAUGAAUAUAUUGUGGAUACCAUUUUUUAUAUUGUAUUAUAUGGGAUAUCGUUACAAUAUACAAGAUAUUGUAACAAUUAUUGAUGGAUGAUUUUUAUAAUAAAGUGUAAUAAGUAAAAUAAAAGAUAAUUUUAAUAUUA